UUAUCUAGUGUGAUUUGUGCUGUGAGUUUUUACUACUGUGAUUUGUUUGUUAUGCAGAUAUUUGGGAUUUAUUGAUUUGGUUUUACAUUUGAUGGCAAUAUUUAAUUGAUAUUCUGAUUUCAGUCUAGUUAUGUUUGACAUUGAUAUCUCUAGUUCAAAGUAAUAUAGACAGAUUACAAACUAUUUCAUUGUUUUUUUUGUCCAGUUUUCAGUUUUAAUAUUCUCUUACAGCGCACUGUAACUUACAAUAAAAAUCAACAACAAUUCAGUUUAUAUAACAUGAGUUUAUAAAAAUCAAUAGUUAUUGAGUUUACAGGGCAUGAAAGCUGAACUGGUAUCACAAAUGUACUAAAAAUGAAAAGUUUAUAUAACAAAUUAACUAAAAAUGGUUAUAUGUGAGUUUAUUUAUAAAUAUGUUUGUGAUUUAGCCUUUGGUUCUAUGUGAUUUAGCCUAUGGUUCUAUGUUUCUAAUUUAACUGAAAUAGCAUAGAUGUCACAUUCACAUACUUGUCCGCUGAAAGAAUGAGUUGAUAUUAAGAUGAACUUAAUUGAACUCAUUUGAACUAUUGUGUUCAUUUGCUUGUGAAAAUCUGCUUCUGAAGUGAGUUUUGUGAUUCCUGUAGAUAUAUAAUUUAGUUAUGACUGAUACGAAUUACACUAAUAUAACACUAAAAUUACAGUAUUUCAAACAUGUAAAUAUAAAAUAAAUUGACUGUAAUUCGAAAUAACUUAGAUAAUAUGAAGUAUGAGUUGACUAACGAUAGAAAAUGUAAUAUUUGUGUAUGAUUCGCAUAUAUUUCACUAGUCAUAAAAUGUGCUUUUCAUGCUGAAUUGAUUAAUUUAAGAUAUGCAAUUAUAAACCUGUGCUUAUGUCUCUGUUAUGAACAUGCUUACUUUCAACAAACUUUUGAUUUUUUGAAAUUUGCUUUUUCCCCCACUAAUGCUAAUGUUCUCUUCCUUUCCUUAUUAUGAAAGGAAUUCACUUCAGUGUGUACAAAAUUUUCACUUGUGAUUAUAUCCUAAAUCAUAAAUUUGGGUCAAUUUACAUGAUUUUAAUAUUGAAAUUACAGAAUUUUUUCUAUCUAAAAAUAGAACAAAUGAACUGUAAUUUUAAUUUUAAUAGUUAUAGUUGAACAAUUACUUACCACCUGAUUUCUCAGCAGAUAUGAAUUGGUUAUCGUCAGCAAUUUUUGCAACAUUUUAAGAUACCAAAUCUUUCUGUUUUCUUUGUGAUUCUGAAAUAAAUUUCAAAAAUUGUGUUAUACUCUGAGUACAAAAUAAAAUACAACAAAGAUUAAUGAUGCAGUUAUCUUUUUUUACCUGAAUUUGAUUUUUCUGAACUAAGUGUUUUCUUUCUUCUAUUACCUAAUUUUGAUGUCUGUGUUUUCACUUCACUUAUGCCAUCUUUCUCCCAAUAAUAUUUGGCUAAGCUACAUUAGGAAUUCUCGAUUAGCUGAACCUAGUCUUUAUUCUUUUUCUUUUGUGAAUUGAACCCAUAUGUCAAGUAGUGUAUGCUAUAUUAACUGAAACCUUUCCUGUUCUAUGGAUGUUUAUAAAAUAGAAUUUGUUGUUUAAGAUUCAGAUAGUUUUUUAUUUUAAUUUGUACUUGGAUGUCAUUACAAGUAAGUGUGCCUGACGUAGUGUUUAUUGACAUUUGGGAAUCUGUACAAAUUGUGUUGUUUUGGGCUUAAGAACAAUGGGUAGAUACUUCACAUUAUAAUCAUACUUCACAUUUACUAAUCAAACGGUUCAAUGUAAAAGUUACUCAUGCUCACCAAUUUCAUAAUAAGUUGAUUACUGAAAUGUUGAUUUCUUCUAAUAUUUUAAUGUUAUUUAAAAUUGGCAGAAGAAUGAAUUUUAACUCUUUCCCCUUGUGCAUUGUUCGUACUUUUGAUCUGCUUUUGCUCCUGAAUUUGAUCUUUGAAGUUUUCUUGUACCUGCAACUUUAUCACUCUUCUCCAUCUCCAUCUUUUUCUUCUUGAAUAGAUUUGUUGCAGAGAAGCUUCUUUCUUCGGUGGAUCUGAGAUUUCCUCUAAGAUAAUUGAUUCUAAAUAGAUCUGGAUUUUGAUCUGCUUGCGUUUUUUUAUCUCCAUCUUUCUCACUCUUCUCCAUGUCCAUGCUUUUUUCUCGAUCUGGAUGCUGUAUUUUGUUGUUAAUUGGUUUUUCUAGAGCAAGUCACGCGAUUGUCUCCUCUUCUUGGUAGCCAAAUUCUCUAUCUUUGUUAGUGUUUUGGGUUUUGUAUCUGUUGUUAGUUAAGCUGAUGGGCUAAAUUUGAGUCACUUCUAUAUUGUUUUGGGCCUUUAAAUUGACUUUAAUCUUAAUCUCGGCUUUCAUUUGAUGUAAAUUUUUUAUUUGGGCUCAAUCUGGGCCAUUUGAUUGGGUCGGGUUGUGUAUGGGCCCUUUGAAAAUGGGCUUCCAAACCUAUUUGUGUUUGUUUUUUUUUUUAGUUGUCAAAUAAUAUUAACUUUGUAUAUUGUUUUGUUUUUAUAGUUCAAUGAGUACUUCUUUUCAGUGCCAGAGGUGACGGGAUGCUUAAAGCUGGAUGCUCUCAAUAAACUCUUUUAUCGCAAAUUAAAUGAGAUCGGAAUGUUGAGAAAAAUCAUUUAUAUGCGCAAGGCAUAUAUUCCUAAACCAGCUAAGAAAGAAGCAUUCCUCAGACGCACUGCGGAGAUGUGGGAUCGGCAUGGUCAUCUCUUGACCAAUGCCAAGAAGUUGCUGAAUGCCUACACUGUUUCUGGCUUCAGGGUGCCGGAGAUGCCUAGUCAGUUUGACGCACAGUUCUGAUAUGUUCGCUGUGCUCCCGGCUUAUACUCAUACUUCGGUCUCUUGAUGCUGUGAUGUAGGUUCACUGAGAGUUCUGAUAGCCACGGUCUCGUUGUGAUGUUGUGAUACUAGGUUCACUGAGAGUUUGUUCGCUGUGCUCCCGGCUUAUACUCAUACUUCGGUCUCUUGUGAUGCUGUGAUGUAGGUUCACUGAGAGUUCUGAUAGCCACGGUCUCGUUGUGAUGUUGUGAUAUUAGGUUCACUGAGAGUUCUUUCACUGUCUCUUGUCUCUUUCGUUGAUAGUCCUGAUAGUCCUGGAUACUCGCGUCCAGAAACUACUAUUUUGUGAUGCUGCUAUUAUACUUGCGAGAUACUACUAUUUUGUGAUGCUAUGAUACUUGCGUCUUGAUACUACUUUGUGAUGUCAUUGAGACAAUAUGGCAUAUACUGACUUCCUCGUUAUAUUCCUGAGCUCCAAUGACUUGCUAGUUUCUACUUUCUCCAUUUCACGAUGUAAGAUUUUCUAGCAUUGUUCAUAUUCAUUCAAAUGUUACAUAUGUAUGUGUUUAGAUUUAUUAACAUCUAUAUGGAUGUAGGAAAUGUUACAAAGCAUUAUGAAACGGAGGGAUCUAGUGGUCUACUGGUCUUCCCUUGCAUGGUGAAAGAACUUCCGUUACAUAGUGAAAGAUUUACCGCGGCAAACUCACACAUUAGCCUUUCUCUCGUUUAACCGCUGGUCUCCCAGCCUCCGCCUCCCACCGACUCCUCGCCGCCAGCCGCCACAGCCGCGGAAGCUCAUCUCCGCCGCAAUCUAACGCCAGCGCCGUCGUCCCUUGACCACCGCCGUGCCGCCGCCGGCGGCCGUCGGUGUCGUGCUGCAUCUACUGGCUACUGCUAAAGCAAGUGGAGAUCCGACGGAUGCAACCACGGGCACACGCCAUGUGAGGGGACAUGAGGUGGGCACGUGAGCGAGGGGCACAUCUGUCUGUAUCUUCUCCCUCCUCCUACUCCCACAAAAAAAAAAGCCGUUCUUGAUGGCGCCAUGGAGAUCUUGGGCCCCCUCCCAAUGGCGGAAUCUUCUCGGCAAGCGGCAAUUGAUGGCUGUACUUGGGUGAACCGCGUCGCGACCAGCUCGGCUGCGAACUGUUCCUCGACUACUACUACUACAGUCUCUACUUGCCCUUGCUGCUGCAAUGGUGGUGGUCCAUGUGAGGUGAAUUGAUGAGCUAACCUUGUAAUAAUGUUUCUCUGAAGAUCUGAAGACUUCUUGCAAAAGCAAUAUAAUGUGGAGUUGGAACUCUGAACUUGAAGUCAUGGGUGUUCUUGGCUUGCACGGCGAGAGAUUUACCGCUGCAAACCUGUCAAAGGGGAAAAUGUGGCAUCGGCUAGUAAAGUUCAGAUCACCAGCUAGUGAAUUGCUGUUCUUCAGAAACAUCUUGGCAACGUUUCAGGUUGUGGUUGGGCACAAGGAACAGCCGAACAGGAGCAGAUUGUUGGGCUAAUUAAACAUCUGCAAUGUGCAGCAGGGACAAGGAGAAACAUGAUGAGAGCAUUGGCAUUUUUCUAACAAUUCUUAAGUGACAGUUUGGCAGGGGCAAGCGUGCCACAUGACAUGGGGAUCGUCUCAUCAUUUUGCUUUUCUCGGUCUCUGGGUUAAUCACAUGAGCUCCAAGUGUACCAUGUGUCUGAACUCUGAACCACUUGAUGAAUAGGAUUCCUGUAACAUGUUUGAUGUUUCUUUGGAAGCCUCAACCCAAGAAAGAACACACACAUGUUGACUUGGGCAGUCAUUGGAGACCCUGGUAUAAGCAAGGAGAUGCCUGACAUGAAUAGGAUGAGGCACACAGAAACUUCUGCAGAUUACAGAUCAGGACAUGAAACGCUAUAGUAGCAAAGUACUAUGGACUAGUAUAAUCCAUUUGAGAAUUGAGAUGAGAUUAGCAGCAAACGGGAAUAGAAAGCAAACUGAAACAGGCAUUUAUUUGGGCGGCAUUAAACCUGACGACUGUUUCUGUCCUGAUAAAUGUUUUCAAGUUUCUGACCCCAAGCCAGAUUUAUGGCCAAUAUAACAGCAACCUUACACAGUUAUACCACUAAUUUAUUGCCGUUUUAUCAGAACAAAGCAAAUGUGCAAUUAAACCCCAUAAUUGCAGGGAAAAUGAGGCCAUAUUGUUAUCACUGAAACCAAAAAGGUUUAAUUUUCUCUUCUCAUUUUCUCUUGUAGUAACAGUUUGUUUUCUUCUUGUACCGAGAGCUACUACUUUACCUUUGUGCUUUUACAGCCUUUCUCAGCGCGGUACACACUACACGCUGCUGACUCCGGUGACCAUAGAGAAAGGCAAAUGGGGGGUGAGAUGGGAUCUUGCAUUGCUUGUUGCCUUGCCUUGCCACCACUAGCCACUGCCUGCCCACCACUGGUCACUGCCACACUGAGAGCGUCGGCCAUGUGGCAUGAUUAAUCUAUCUUCGUCCAUUCUUCUGCACUUCUUUAGGAAUAUCAUGAAUGGGAGGUAAACUGCCCACAAUUGGAGGGUAAAUUUGGUGUGCUUUUCAGGCUCCUAGCACUUCGUUUUGCAUGGAAGCAUGAUAUAUUUUGCUGUUGCUUGAAUGCAUACUUUGAAGAAGUGGAAACUUCUUUUGUUGUUACAUAUGAUUUACCACGCUGCUGCUCAAUUCUGAGCACCAAAGACAUUGAGACAGACAGACACAUCGUGCCUCUGUGGCAGCUUACUUGCUCAUUUGUGCCAAUGGCUUCUUUGGUCCGGCAUGAUUCAAAUCCCACCCAGUACUCAUGGUGGUGGGUUAGCCAUAUCAGCCCCAAAAAUUCCAAAUGGCUUCAAGAGAACGUUACAGAUAUGGACGUGAUGGUCAAAGCAAUGAUCAAACUUAUCAAUGAAGAUGCUGACUCUUUUGCAAGAAGAGCGGAAAUGUACUAUAAGAAACGGCCUGAACUUAUGAAUCUUGUGGAGGAGUUUUACAGAGCAUACCGUGCCUUAGCAGAAAGGUACGAUCAAGCUACUGGUGCACUCCGGCAGGCCCACCGGACAAUCUCAGAAGCAUUUCCAAAUCAGAUGCCGUCAAUGUCUGAAGACUCUCCCUCCUCUGGCCAGGAUGUGGAACCACGUACACCGGAAGUGUUAAUGCCCACCCGUGCACCAUUUGAUCUGGAUGAUCUGCAGGAUGCAGCUGGUGUAUCACCACACCUUUUAACUGUCAAGAGGAAUGGUACACAGCCUGAUGACAUAGGUUUUUCGUCUAGUCGCAAAGGUCUUAAGCAGUUCAGUGAUUUGUUUGCAGGCAGUGACAGUAGCCAGCGUGUCAAUUUUUCUGAUGGAAAAGUAAGGAAAGGUCUCAACUUUGAAAGCCCAGAUGUUAAAGGAAAGAAAGAUGAUAGUAAUGAUAUCAUGAAUUUGCAACAUGAAGUUUCCAAAUUAUUAACAGAGCGCCAAAGUCUGAAAGAGCAAAUCUCAUCAGAGUCUCAGAGGGCAAACAAGGCUGAGAGUGAAAUCCAUAGCCUUAAGGACACCAUUUCAUGUUUGAUUUCUGAGAAAGACACAACCCUUCUGCAAUACAAUGAAUCUACAAGAAGAUUGUCAGUUUUAGAAUGCGAGAUUUCUAAGGCGCAUAUGGAACUCAAGAAACUCUCUGACGAUAUGGCUAUGGAAGUUGACAAGCUAAAAUGUGCUGAAUCACAAAACAGCGCAAUGCAGUCUGAGCUUGAGACUCUGGAUCAGAAGGUCAGGGUGCAGGAGCAAGAACUUGAACAAAGUAGAAAGGAGAUAGAAAGCUUCCACUUAAGUCUACAAGAUGAAAUGGCCAAGCGCAAGCAAGCUGAAGAUGCUCUAUGCUCUUUAGAGAAACAGUACGCUCAAUCGCAGAAAGAAAUAAAUAGGUUGACUCUAGAUAUGGAGAUGGCAAAUGAUAGAUUGAAUGACUUCAAUCUGGUGAGGCUCAAUCUGGAGAACACAGUCUGUGAGCUGAAGAAGGAAGUCACGAGCCUAGAAGUGAAGAUACAAAUACUGGUGCAGGAACUUGAACAGAAGAGAGAAGAGGCUGAUGUCAUGCAUGCUCAGUUGCAAGAUGAACACUCCAAUCACAUGCAUAAGGAAGCAGCUCUUCAUGCAUUGGAGAACUUGCAUUCCCAGUCUCAAGAAGACUUCAAUCUGGUGAAGCUCAAUCUGGAGAACACAGUUGGCGAGCUGAAGAAGGAAGUCACGAGCCUAGAACUGAAGAUACAGAUACAGGCGCAAGAACUUGAACAGAAGAGAGAAGAAGCUGAUACCGUGCAUGCUCAGUUGCAAGAUGAACGCUCCAAUCACAUGCAAAAGGAAGCAGCUCUUCAUGCAUUGGAGAACUUACAUUCCCAGUCUCAAGAAGACUUCAAUCUGGUGAAGCUCAAUCUGGAGAACACAGUCUGUGAGCUGAAGAAGGAAGUCACGAGCCUAGAACGCAAGAUACAGAUACAGGUGCAAGAACUUGAACAGAAGAGAGAAGAGGCUGAUGCCAUGCAUGCUCAGUUGCAAGAUGAACGCUCCAAUCACAUGCAAAAGGAAGCAGCUCUUCGUGCAUUGGAGAACUUACAUUCCCAGUCUCAAGAAGAGGUUAAACAGAUGGCUCGAGAUGUUGAGCACUCGAACAAGAAGUUGAGUGACCUGGAAAAUAAUAACUUGAAAUUGCAUGACCUGUCACAAGGACUCAAGAAGACGGUUGCAGAGCUGAAUUCUAUGAAAGAUUCUGCACUUCUUCAACAGCAGAAGUCCUCGGAGAAGGUAUCUUAUUUGGAAGCACAGGUUUUAGUAGUGCGAUCAGAAAUGGAGAAGAUGGUACAGAAAACUCAGAUGCUGGACCAGGAACUUGAACACAAGAACAAAGAGAUCAGUGAACUCCAAAAUAGUUUGCAAGAGCAAGUCCAGAAGUGCAUUCUUGCUGAAACAUCUCUGCUCAGAUUGGAGGACCUACAUACUAAUUCACAAAAAGAAGCUAAGACAUUAGCACAUGAUCUUGAAAGAUUAAGCGAGCAGCUUACUGAGGUUGAAAAUGAUAGGCUGGAUCUGCAGAACAUUUCACGAGAACUUAAGAAUACUAUUUCAGAGAUUAAUUCUGAGAAAGACUUAAUGCUACUUCAACAGCAGCAUUCCUUGGAGAGACAGUCUUACUUAGAGGCUCAACUUUUAGAUGCACUGUCAGAAGUGGAGGAAAACAAGAAGGAAGCCCAAUUGUUGGAAGAAAACCUUGCACAUAAGAAUGAUGAGUUGAAUGACCUCCAAAAUAAUUUGGAAGAGGAAGGCCAUAAACGGAUGCAUGCUGAAGCAGCCCUUAGUAUGGUGGAAAAUCUGCAUUCCAAAUCCCAGGAAGAAGUGGGUAAGCUAGUUAUGGAUCUUGAUAAAUUAGAAAAUGAGCUAAGUGAAUUGCAAGGCAGAAAUUCGAGAAUGGAAGAAUUAUCAUAUGAGCUUCAGAACACCAUCUCCCUUCUUAAUUCUGAGAAAGACGCAGCACUUCUACAACAGCAGCUGUCCUCUGAAAGAGCAUGUGAUCUGAUGUCACAGCUCUCAAAGAUACAGUUGGAGCUGGAGAAGGCUGAGGAGAAGAUGCAGACAAUGGAGCAAAAACUUGCAGAUAAGAAUGAAAUGGUGGAUUUUCUGCAGUUGAGUUUGCAAGAUGAGGGCAAGAAACGUGUGGAAGUUGAGACAGCUCUCAUUUCAUCGGGUAACUUGUACUCUCAAUCACAGGAAGAUGUGAAUAGGUUAACCCUGGAGAUUGAGAGGUUGAACGAAAUGUUGAAUGAUAUGGAGAACAAGUCUUCUGAGUAUAAGAGCACCAUCUUGCUUCUGAAUUCUGAGAAAGACAUGAGUGUUAUUCAGUACAAGCAGUCUUCACUAAGAAUAUAUGAGCUGGAGUCUAAACUCUCAGGGGUGCAGGAAGAACUAGAUAAUGCUGAACAAAAAGUGCAAAUGCUGGAUAAAGAACUCAAGGAGAAGAGAGAGGUGGUUGAAACUAUGCAGGCUAGUCUGCAGGAUGAAGCCCAAAAGCGUAUGAAGGGUGAAGCAACUCUUCUCACGAUGACUAAUCUGCAUACGCAGUCUCAGGAAGAAGUGAAUAGGUUGACCCCAGAGAUUGAGAGGCUGAAUAGAAAGUUAAAUGAAGUGGAAAAUGUCUCUUGUGAGCUUAAGAACACCAUACUGCUGCUGAAUUCUGAGAGAGAUACUACUGUUCUUCAGCACAAGCAGGCCUUGGUGAGAGUGUCUGAUCUGGAAUCUGAACUCUCUGAUGUGCAGGCUGAACUAGUCAAUGCUGAGAAAAAUGUGCAAAUUCUGGAUAAAGAACUCAAACAGAAAAGAGAAGAGGUUGACAGCUUGCAGGCGAGCCUGAAUGAAGAAGCCCAGAAGCGCAUUGAGGGUGAAGUAGCUCUUCUUGCAAUGGAAAAUCUACAUUCUCAGUCUCAGGAAGAAGUAAGGGGAUUGGUUUUGAAGAUUGAGACACUACAUGGCAAGUUGAAUGAGAUGGAGAACAGUAAUAGGGACCUUAAGAACAUGAUAUGCAAGCAUUCGGAGGAGAUACAUGUGCUUGGUGAGCAAAAUCUUUCUGCCGAGUUAACUAUUAAAGGUCUCCAUGAUCAAUUGGAGAAGUUUACGGAAAUGAACAUAGGUCUUCAGAAUGAAGUGGGAAUCCACGUUGGUGAGAAGGAAGUUCUUCAACAAGACUUGGCCCGCCAGAAAGAAGAUAAGGAUAUUCUGGAGAAGCAUCUCUGUUCUUUGGAACAUGAGCUGAAGGCAGUAAACAUAAGGGUGGCAACACAACAGCAUUUAAUUGAGGAAUUGCAGAGUAAGAACAUUGAAUUGGAGGAGGUAUGCAAUGCAUGUGAUGUUGAAAAGACACUCCUCUUGGAAAAGCUUCAUGGCAUGGAGGAGCUGUCCACAGAGUAUUCAAUCUUGAAGAAAUCAUUUUCAAAUGCAAUUGUUGAAAUGGAAGACCUGAAGGAAAUUGUAAAAGAACUGGAAGCUUCAAAAAACUCUCUGAAAUAUGAUGUCUCCUUGCAUGCCACUGAGAAGGAUGCUUUGGCAUUAGAACUAGAGACCCUUGGUAAAAGAUGUGCUGAUGUUUUAGAGGAAAAAUCCAUUCUGGAAACUUCAUUCUCUAAUGUGAAUUAUGAGCUUCAAGAAUUGAGAGUAAAGUAUAAAGAUUCAGAAGAAUCCUCUCGGUCUUAUCUUGCUGACAACACUGCUCUUCUUGCUGAAAAGCACAAACUACUCUCCCAGCUGGAAAGCACUGCAGUGUCUUUGAAAUUCCUGGAGGAUAAACAUGCUGAUCUGAGAGAUAAUCAUGGAUCUUUGUUAUCAGAGAAAGUUCUUUUAUGCAACCAAGUAAAGAAUAUGCAAGAUCAGUUGGGAAUAAAAAAUGAACAGCAUGAAGCGCUGCUUAAGUUGCACCAAAUGCAGGUAAAUGAUUAUGAAGAGAUGGUUUCUUCUCUGCAAGAUAAAAUUCGUCAUAUGGAUCAGAUGCUUGAACAUGAGCAGCAAAAAUGUGCAGAUGCUUCUAUCAGCACAUUGAUAUUGGAAAAUAGCUUGGUUGAUGCAAGAGACAAAAAUCUUGCACUCUUCAAUGAAUGCCAGAAGUUCAUACAGGCCACUGAUUCUGCAGAGGUACUAAUUGCGCAGCUCAAGGAGGAAGCCAGAAAGGAAGAAGAGGACAAAAAAGCAUUGCUGAAUCGCAAUGAGAAACUAAGGGAUGGGAUCUCAGAGCAAAUUAAGGUCCUCAAUAUCUGUAAAGAUUUAGGACCUACUGAUGUGGUUCAUGAUGAAAUUAUGCUGCAGACUAUGUCUCGUGAAACUUUCAACCAUGUAAAACAUAAAGAGGAAACCGAAGAGAGAAAUGUCUUCAUGGAUGCUGAGCUAUCUGUUCUUGGAGCAAUUCUGGCACAAACAGUAAUUGGCUUCAGAGCUCUGCACCAGCAGAACUGUGAACUUGUGGAAGAAGUGGAGUCAGGAGCAGCAGAACUGCUUUUUCUGCAAAAGGAAAAUCACAAGCUUAUUGAAUUGAAUGAACAGUUGGAGCAAAGAUUGCAGUUAGGUGGCAACAGGGAGGAGAUGUUGAAGAUUGAAAUACUGGGAUUAUGCAAGGAGCUAUCAGGCUUGAGACAGUCCUACCAGACUUCUCAAAGUGAAAUUUGCAACCUAACUAAAAAAUACGAUUCCUUGCUGCAGGAGUACAAAGUUUUAGUUGAGAAGUACAAUGCUUUGGAUGAUGAGAAUGCUGCUGUUAUUGCAGAAUGCAUAAAGCUCGACCUCCUGUCUUCAUUCUUUCAUGACCUUACUGUUGAGUCUGCAUCUGUUUUGGUUUCUCUUGACAAUGAUAUGGCUAUGUUGAGUUCGGUUAGGCAUGAACUUGAUCAUGAGGUUACCAUGCUGAACAGAAGAGCUAAGAUUCUUGAAAUGGACUUUCAGCACCUCAAGUGCACUCUAGAGAACUUGUUGGAGGCUCUGGGGAGUCGCUUGGUUCUUUCAGAGUUUGAUUCAAACACAAGCAAAAUCAUCUGCCAGGAAUUAACAAUUGAAUGUAACAGUAGCAUGACACAGUUGAUGCAGAAAGAUGAUAAAUUACGCAAAGUAGAUGAGAAAGUUCAAUUCUUGCAAGAGAGAAACCAGGAAUUGUGCAGAGUUCUCAGGGAUCUUGAGGUUGCUGUAGAAGAUGCAGAAGGAGUAAAAGUAGACCUUGAGAAGAAAAUCACAACACUAACUGAACGAGGUGCUGUACAAGACAAUGAGACCCGUCUUCUUCGCGAAGCAAACAACACGCUGCAGGUAGAGGUUGGCAUUCAUGAACAAAAGGAAGAGAGUUUGAUGUCUACAUUUGAGACGAUGAGAAAAGAGGCUGAACAGCAUGAAAGGGAAAUUACUUUGCUGGUAUGUGAUACGAUAACUCGUUCAGUGAAUACAAUGGUCCUUGAGGAACAAGUGCUUGAAAUGAUGAUGGAGCGUGAGGUCCUUGAGACAAGAUUUUUUACUGAAAAGGACAUGCUAAUGAAGGAAAUCUCCUCAAGAGAUGCUUAUGUUGAUGACUUGCAGAAAAGGGUCGCCAGCAUGAGGGGAGAAAAUGCAGGACUGAUGGCAGAGUUGGCCGCAUAUCUGCCACUUGUAGCAUCUUUGUCUGAUCAGAUAAGAGCGCUGGAAGAGCUAGAAGACGGCACACUUUUACUGUCAGAACUUAAUAAAGAAGGCAAAUUGGAAUUUGUGCAAAAGGACAGACAUGUUCCAGAAUCCCAAGAUGAUUCAUCAGGAGCUUUGAAGUUGCGAAGCUUAAUUGCAAGAGUUGAAGCACUCCAUGUUGUAAUACUGGAUGCCAAAGGCCGCCGAGAUAAGGAGUUUACUGAAUCUGUUGCUCAACUGGAAGCGGCAAAUAUGGAAAUUCAAGAGCUUAAAGCAAGAAAAGGCUCGAAUGCUAAGGAAGAAUGCACCGAGGAUGAUAGGCAAAAGUAUGAUGCUGAUAACUCCAAAGGGAAACAUGUACAGAUCAUGAAAGACAUCGAACUUGAUCAAGUAUCUACUUGUGCACUAUAUGGUACUGGUGCCACCAUCUACCCUCUUGGUGGCGAUGCAAAUGUGGAGCUUGACGAUGAGAUGCUUCAACUGUGGGAGACUGCUGAGAGGGAUUGCAAGAACCAAACAGCUAAAUCUUCAUCGUCUGAGAAUGACAUACAAGCAGUGGAGGAGGUGAAGAGUGAGUACCCUUCGUUUGAACUAGCAAGGGGAAGAGAUCCAGGAAUUGACAGGCUUGAGAUAUCAGCAGUGUCCCUGGAACCUCAGCAAUUGUGGAGCAAAAAUGUCCUUGAUAAACUAGCUUCUGAUGCUCAGAGGCUGUCUAUUGUCCAAGCCAGCAUUGAAGAAAUAAAGCAGAAAAUGGUGGGUGCUUCUAAGGGAAAAUCUACCGUAAGCUCUGAAUACAGCAGCAUCAGAGCUCAGCUGCAGGAGAUUGAUGGCUCUGUCUUGGAGCAGAUAGAUUUCAACUGUAAUGUGACAAAGAAGGCUGAGAAUUACCCUGCAUUUGAGGUGAGUGCUGAACUAGAAGGCUAUUCCAGCAGAAGAAAAAUCUCAGAGCAAGUGCAGAAAGGAUCAGAAAAGGUCGCAAAGUUGGAAUUGGAACUUCAGAAGAUACAGUAUGUCUUGUUGAAGCUUGAAGAGGAGCAUGAGUACAAAAGAGUUAAAGCCCCUGAGAAACGUUCACGCGUUCUUUUGAGGGAUUAUAUGACUGCAAGGAAGGACAAAAAUGAUGCCGGACAGAAGACGAAGAAGAAGAGGAUACCCUUCUGUGGUUGUGUCCGUAUUAAAUCAAGAACUGAGCCUUAACCAUUAAGUAGGUAGCAGGAGGAACAUAUUCAUGUCAGCCCAAUAGGUUGACAGAACGUGAUGCUCUUAGGAUCUCUUCUGAGAUGAGUAACACUAUGAUAUUAACAAGAAACUCGUGCACUCAAAUUUCCCUUUCUUGUCCUGAAAUGAGGCAGUGAUGUCUAGUGUAAUGAGUUAAUAUUAUUAAUGCUGUUAUUAAUUGAAGCAUUGUGCAUAUGUGUUUCCUCU